AACCCCGGUUCGUCUUCAUCGUCCUCCCAGCUCGUUCUGUGAUCUCGCCGGCUCCAAUGACAUGCCUUCCAUAAUCUUCCUUCUGACAGUUGUACCCCUGGGCCAUUCAUUAUAUAUUGCUCUCAUGGCACCGUGGCUCCUGCACUGCAGCUGCAUCACCAUCAUUCAUAGGCUGCCUUCCUGCCUGCUGAUCUCGCACCUCAAACCCACACACAGCAGCAUCAGAGGUUGAGAUAGAUGGCCAGUCUGUGGAAGACCAAGGUUCUGCCUGGCCUCAACAAGAUCUUCGACAAGGAUGGCAAGAAGGCUGCAGCUGCAGGCUUCUUCAAGUCCUUCAACAAGGAGGAGAUUGGCAAGGAGAUUGAGGAGAAGAAGGCAGAACUGGAGCCCAAGGUUGCGGAGGCUUAUGAAGCAUCUCCUCCUGAGGUCAAGGCUCUGUUCAAGGAUAAGAAGCCAGUCAAGAUCAGCAAGAAGAACUCGACUGCAGUUACCAAGUUCCUCGAUGAGCUGGCUAAGAUUGACUUCCCUGGAGCCAAGGUGGUGAGCGAGGCGGUGGCCAAGUCCGGCGCCUCGCCCCUGUCUCCGGCGAUCACCUUCAUCUUGGACAAGGUCGCACCGUACAUCCCCAAGGAGGAGCCCAAGGCGGAGGACGCGGUGGCUGAGGCCACUUCCCGGGAAGUCGCCGUGGAGGUGGAGGAUGCCGAGCCGGCUAUAGCUGAUGCAGCGGCCGAGACACCAUCGGAGGCGAAGAAGGGAGAGGAGGAAAAGCCGGCUGCCGAGGAGGCGGCGCCACCGGCAGCGGCUGCUACUGAGGAGAAGUAAUACUCCGAUCCACAGCCAUGCCUCUCCCUACGUAGCUGCAGCAGAGUGAAAAGUGAUUCAGUCAGUCAGACAUACACACUUGCAUUGGCACGCAUUAUUCAUGGACAUGUACGUUGCUGCGCCGUGUGUGCGUGUGCGUGUGCGUGUGUGUGGGGGUUCUUUGUUUUUUAUUUUGGGGCGAUUGUUACAAAUGUGUAAUUAUUUAUAUCGAUAUGUUUGUUUCAUUGAUGGACCGCAUUUAAUAAGACAAUUCUUUCUUGUGUAUAUAAGUAUUUUUUU